GUGGUACGGUUACUGCUCGAGAACGGUGCCGAGAUCGAGUCGAAGGAUAAUCACGGUCAGACGCCGCUGUCGUGGGCUGCGAAGCACGGGAAUGACGUUGUGGUAUGGCUCUUGCUCGAGAACGGUGCCGAGAUCGAGUCGAAGGAUAAUAGCGGUCGGACGCCGCUAUCGUAUGUUGCGGAAAACGGGAAUGACGUUGUGGUACGGCUCUUACUCGAGAACGGUGCCGAGAUCGAGUCGAAGGAUAAUGACGGUCAGACGCCGCUGUUGCGGGCU